AUGGCUCAAUAUAUGUCAGAUAGAGAACUCAGAUUAAGGAGAAGAGAAAUUCAAAAGGAUGAGGAGGAGAGGAAACGAAAAGAACAAUUAGAAAUAGAACUAAUGGAAAAAGAACUUGAACUAAUAAGAAAACAAAGAGAGCAACUGAGACUGAAUAGACAAAGGGAGAGAAUAACAGGAGUAGAUGAUAUAGAUGUUCAACAUAUGGAUACUGUUAGCCAUAGAGAAAGAUAUGGAGAAAUUGCCAGUAAAACUGAGGAUCUUGAUGGAAGUUAUAUAGGAGAAGAGUUUCCUGAACACGGAGAAACUGAUAACACGGAGUUCAACAUAGUUGAUGAAACAGGAUUUGAGGAGGAAUAUAUCUCACACAAUUCAACUCAUAUACUUGAGACAGAAGUGAUUCAGAACAAAGAUGAUAACGAUAACAUGAAUGAAAGUCAUGAUAUCAGUGCUGAGAUUGAACAAUUGAAUACAUUUUUAAGUGAGUUAAAUGGUCCAGAUCAAGAGCAAACUUUCUCAAAAGUGACAGAACAAUAUACACAAGAUAAAGGAUACAUCUAUAGAGAAAGUCCAGCCAGAAUAAAUAGGAAAAAUCCGACAGUAAGCUUCACGGACAUAAGGCAGGAUUAUACAAAUAAAGGAAUACAAAGCCAAGAUAAAGGAGAAUUACAAAAAGAUAGUUAUAGAAAACAUAAAGUCUUAAGAAAGGAAGGGGAUGAAAGGAGAACACCCAUGUCUGAUGGUAGCAAGUAUUUGGACCAGAUAAGAUCUCAUAGAGCAAAAACAGAUGACAAGUCUGAGAAAUUACGGCAGUACAAGGAAAAGGAGGCCAUAGAAGAAAGAAUUAAACAGAAAGAAAGGGAAAUGCAAUUAUUGAAACAAGAAGAAAGUAUGAGAGAAAGGAAAGCCACUGAAAGAUUAGAAAAGAAAGAGUAUGAGUUGGACAAACUGAUAGCUGAGCAAGAAGAGUAUCAAAGGAAGUUAGUUGUAAGACAGAAAGAGCAAGAGUUAGAGUUUUUGAUGGAGAAGAAAAGAUUAUCAGAUGAAGUGGAAUCAUUUAAGCAGCAAUUAAAUGAGGACAUGUUAAGAAAAGAAACAGAAAUGAGACAAAGGCAUGACAUGAUAGAGGAGAUAGUAAGGAAAGAUAUGGAAAUGAGAAUUAGAAAAGAAAUGGAGGAAAGUAUCAGAAAAGAAUUGGAAGUAAAAAUGCAAAAUGAUACAAAGGAGGAGCGACGAAAAACAGGAGGAAUCGGAAAGAAGGAAGAUGUUAGAUAG